GCCUUGCCCCUCUCCUGCGCCCGGAACCUUGGGUGUGCGGAACCUCGGUGCUGCAGCGCGGGCGCGGAGGACUCGGAGGGGGAUGGAGCGGGCGCGCGGGCCGGGGGCCGAGGCCAGCGCGCCUGAGGAGGAGGAAGAGGAGGUGGAGGUGGGGGUGGGGGCUGCCAUGGCGGCGGGUGGCGCGGGACCGGCGGUCCUGCAGGUGGCCGGCCUCUACCGGGGCCUGUGCGCGGUGCGCAGCCGCGCCCUGGGCCUGGGGCUCGUGUCACCCGCUCAGCUGCGCGUGUUCCCGGUGCGCCGCAGCUCGGGCAGGCCCGAGGGGGGCGCAGACGGCAGUGGGGUCGGGGCGGAGGCCGAGCUCCAGGCCAACCCCUUCUACGACCGCUACCGCGACAAGAUCCAGCAGCUGCGCAGGUCUGACCCAGCUGCUUUUGAGUCCCGCCUGGAGAAGCGCAGUGACUUUCGGAAACAGCCUGUGGGGCGCUCCAGGCAAGGUGAUUUUAUCAAAUGUGUGGAGCAGAAGACAGAUGCCUUGGGGAAACAGCCUAUGAGCAGAGGAUUUACUAAGGACAAGACUCUCAGUUCAAUCUUUAACAUUGAGAUGGUAAAAGAGAAAACUGCAGAAGAAAUAAAACAGAUUUGGCAGCAGUAUUUUGCAGCAAAAGAUACAGUCUACGCAGUUAUUCCUGAAGAGAAGUUUGAUUUGAUCUGGAAUCGGGCUCAGUCCUGUCCAACAUUUCUGUGUGCUCUGCCAAGAAGGGAAGGUUAUGAGUUCUUUGUAGGACAAUGGACAGGUACUGAGCUCCACUUCACUGCACUUAUAAAUAUUCAGACCCGAGGGGAAGCUGCAGCCAGCCAGCUGAUUUUAUAUCACUACCCUGAACUUAAGGAAGAAAAGGGCAUAGUGCUGAUGACAGCAGAAAUGGAUUCCACAUUUCUGAAUGUUGCGGAGGCACAGUGCAUCGCCAACCAAGUUCAGCUCUUCUAUGCCACUGAUCGGAAAGAGACCUACGGGUUAGUGGAGACCUUUAACCUCAGACCAAAUGAGUUCAAAUAUAUGUCUGUCAUCGCUGAAUUGGAGCAAAGUGGAAUUGGAGCAGAACUGAAAUGUGCCCGGAACCAGGAUAAGACUUAGAGCUAUAAUGCUUGGCCCUUCACCAAGUCAGCUCAGCCUUGGAUAGUCUAGAGCCCACCUACCCCUCAAGAACUCAAAAAACUCAGCAUCUACAAUGAGCAGUCUAUAAUGAGCUGCCCUGUGUGCUUAUGCAAAAAGUAAUUGUAGAGAUGAGCCCUAUUACUUGAUAUUCAGGAAUGAAGAUACCUAAACAUUCUGAUAACUAUCUCAGUAUACUUGAGGUUUCCUUUUAAGUGUUUGCGGUUAUAACAAGAGACAGCCAGGGAUCUACAGGAUAGUUGACUUGACUUUGUAUAGUGCAACAGUGCAGUUGCAUUCUGGCCAUUUUGACCUCAUAGCUCACAAAUGAUCAGUUUGUCAUCUUUAUUAACUUGAGACAGGAUAAUAAGCUUGAAGACUUGCUAUGGUUAGAUGUGGGCUUUAUAUAUGCUUCCCAUGCUCUAGUCAGCUAGCCAAAGGCAUAACCCAGAUGUCUUGUUUAGGUUCUAGAACAACCAGAUAUUCCCAUCAAGAUAAAGACUUUAUCUAGAUGCCUUUAGUUUAGCUAGUUCGAGGUAUCAAUAAAUUUCAAGUAUAGUUAGAUAAACAGGUACAGUGCCUACAUAUUAUUAAACCAUAGUUUGUGGCACCUGCUUCUCUAACUGCCUGUUCGAAGGUGUGCUUUUGAUGGGGUGAGUCAGUGCAGUGUAAGUAAACCAAAGCACUUUUAUAAAGAGAAGAUCAAUCCAGAUUUGCAUGAUUUUUUUUAAAACUACUCUAAAUGUUAUAUGAAAAAGUAGGUGAAAGCAAACAUUCCCAGAUUUUGUGUGGGGAAAAUGUAGCAAUAAAAAAAAAAAUAGUCUGGCUUACCAUCUUUGUUACACAUAAUAAUGAAACUUAAGCUAUGUGCUAUCCAUAGUGUCAGCUGUAUGGCCUGAUUUUAUCAAAACUCAUCUUGGCACUCAGCAAUUGCUAGGAAUACCAGAAAUAAGAACGUUGUUCUCCCGUACUGGAAACCCAUCUUUUGUCUGUAGUGUUGCUGUUGUGGCUUCAAGCUCGGUGAUAGAAGAGGAUGGUGGUUACAUACCAGGCUUCUGAAUCCGAGGCCCCAAGUGCCCCUCAGUAUUGUUGUUGACUGCCUUUACUAUGCCUUUCCUUUAUUGAUCUGACAUGUUCCACUUUGUCUGCUGCUCCUGCCUAAGAUCUGGUUGGAUGACGCUGAAUAUGGUGAAUGGGAAUUUAGGUAGUAUCUGCAGUUUGUGUGUAUGGCUGAGGCCUGUCCUCAAGCUCUUUAAAUAGAAUUGGGCUUCCUAUUAUUUUCUGAGCUGUGUCUUUUUUGUUCUACCGAUGUGUGUGUGUAUAGAAAGAGACAGAUGGUGUUUGUUUGACCUGAAGAAGCUGCUACCCUUUCACAAUUUCUCUAGAGGUCGAGCUCUUCACUAAUGCAAAUUCUGGACCUGCCUCUGGUCCUGACAUUUCUAUUUUGAGAAACUUGAGUCUCAUCAGCCCUGCUAUUUUCCUUAAAUGCACUGGCACUAUUCUGACUGAAGUGGUAUCAGUAACAGGUUUUAUUCAAAUAUAUAUCUGGUUAGUCAAGAACUUAGUACUCAUUCACAAACUGGUUCUUGGAACUGGGUAACUAUUGCUCUUCCCCCCCCCCUUGAGAUGUAUUUAACAGUUAUUAAGGAACUGAAUGAAGAAGAAAAUUAUGAACAUGUGCAUUAAUUUAUUCAGCAAUGUUUUGAGUCCCUGGAUGUUUGAGUCUGGAUGUUUUGAGUACCAGAAUCUUUGAUGUCAGAUAGAGUUGCUUUCAUGGUUAUCCAGUUAUAUUUGCUUUUCCCUCCAGAUGGACCCAGUUCUUAGCCAUAGUACAUUUUCAUAACACCUCCACCACAGGGUAAGAAAACAGGGUGAUGGAAAAACAAGUAAAAUAUGACUGCUCAUUUUAUCAUUCCUCCUGGCUUUGCCCUCAAUCCCCACUUGCCAAGAAUAUAUCCAUGGAUAAUUACAUUGGAUGUGACCAAAGUACCGCUGACUGUUCUUUUUAUUUAUUUACCGAGAUGGAUCUGGUGAAUAACUAAAAGAAAAAUGUAACAUUUAAUCAGUAAUUUGUCUUUUGGUGCUAGCAUGGCGUUAUGGAAAGUGGAAAGACUUUAGAGGUAAGUGAAUCUGGGUUCAGAUGUAAGUGUUGCUAUUCAUUAGCUCUACAAUGUUGAAUAAAUUAUUUAAACUCUCUAA